ACAACCAAGAUGUCUGCAGACGAAGACACUGAGCUUCGAGACCUCGUUGCUCAAACGUUGGAAACAAAUGGUGUUCUGGGUAAAAUAAGGGCCCAACUGAGAGCCAGUGUAUUUUUGGCGUUGGAAGACCAGGAAUCUGUACAGAAUAAAACACCUUUUUCUAAUCCUGAUCUGAAGAAGUACCUAAAUACUAAGGAAGGAAGAACAGCAGCUGCCCUUGUGAGAGAAUUUUUGGAGUUUUUCAACUUAGAAUUCACGUUGGCAGUUUUUGAUCCAGAGGCUGGAAUAGGACAAGCUAAUGAGAGUCGGGCCAGUUUAGCAAGGGAACUAAAUCUGGUGGACAGUGAUGGUCCUCCGCGAGCACCAUUGUUUACGGAGGUUGUGAGGCAGGCUCAAGGGGGAACAGGUGGUCAGAAAAGUCGGACAAAGUCGGCCACGGAUGAGGUUGAAUCGGGGGACGGCGAUAUAAACAUACCUAAGGAAUUAACAAAGAAACAGUUAUUAGAUGCACAGAGUAAAUUUGAUUACUAUGACAAGGAUAGAAAUGGAGAAAUUGAUAAAGACGAAUUAAGGGAAUUAUUCAUGGACAUGUUUCCAAAUUUUAAUAGAAAUAUGCUGGAUCGGUACGUCAACGAUGAGUUCCGUGCGGCAGAUCGUGACUUCAGCAGUAGUAUCACUUUUGACGAGUUCGUGGAUAUGUACAAACGCCUGUUCAUCUUGUGUAGAACGGUUGUGGCUGGUGAUAUAAGCGAUAUUGUUCCACAGCCACGGUCGCGAUCUCCACACAGUAGGUCUGAAAGUAAAAGUUUUGUGGAUUCCAAAAACCAAAAGAAUCUGCGAAGUGAUGACUUACGAAAUGGGCCAAGCAAGCACUCGGUCGAGGCGGACUUGAUGGGAGGUAGUGAUAUCGAUGAGGAUCCAUUUUUCGAUGAUCCAAUGCAGGGUUCUGAUGGUCUAAAAAUGUAUGGCAGUAUUACGGAACAACCACAGCAUCCGAGACAGGACUCCAAGCCACGGCCGUCCCAAAUCCCUGUGUUCUCGUCACUCCGGAGUGAUGAACGAGGAAAAUCUCUGAAUGGCGGCUCCCUGAAGUCUCCCCCUCCAACACAAAAGAGCUCCGGAGGUGGUCUUUCCUCGCUACAGGGCCUUCCCAUGCUGAAUCAACAGAAAUCACGCAAACCGCAACAACUUGAUGGUGACGACAGCUUGAGGAAUAUGGAUCGAGACUUAGCUGGUCUGGGUAUUGAUGGUGAUGGUGACUUUGACUAUGACGACGAUGAUUUUGUGAGUGAAGGACAUAGUGUGAGUACGAAGAGUCCACGGACAGUCAGCAAAUCCGAACACAAAUCAGCAAAUGAAAAUGGCAGCAUUGCAGAGGAGAUCGAAGAGGAUAUCGAUGAAAACUCCAUUGACGGUGACGACUUACUUCGCAGUGAAAGGAGUGGGUUUGAUGACCUCACGACAGACAGAACAAUAUCACAACAUGACGGCUACGAUUACAUAGAGGAUGUCCAGUCACCCUGAAUUCUGGACAGGCGCUGGACAGAAAGGCUGGACAGAUAGGCUGCAGAAUAGUCCAUGACCCACAUCUCGCAAACAUUGCCAAAGUAGAGAUGAUUGUAAUGCUCUCUUCAGAAUAGACUAGACUGUAAUAAAAUAUAUAUAUUAUGCAAUAUACUUGUUCUAGUCUUGUAGAAGAGACUAGAUUUAUAUGUGUGCACCGUCCUGGAGGAAAAGUCGGAUGUAAAGUACUGAUAUUAUACUGUGUUGAUCCUGUAAUAAGCCAAGAGAGAUUAGAACUUUGAUAAAGAUUGGGGUGGGCUUGUUACAGGACAAUGAAUUUACUGUAUAGACAUUGGCGGGCUUAUUAUUAGAUAAAUACAGAUCUAUUUAUUAAGAUAUAUUACCUUUAUAAAGAUCUAUGAGGUGCUGCAUUUGUUACUGUCACUGGCCAGCUCUUAAGUUCAUAUUUUAUUUGUUGAAAUCCUUAAUUGUUGGUUGAUAAGGAGUAAAUAAUUGUUAUACUGACACCAUGCUGUUAAAAGCAAGAGUUUGUAUACCUUUUGAAUUAAAAUUGAGUUUUUAUCUAAUUAUUCAGAUACAAAGCCUAAAGAUAAAACAGUAUCAAAAUAUAGCAAUAAAUGUCUUUUGAAACGAAGCAUAAUUUUCUGUUAAUUUUAUUUUCAAGAUAACUGUUCUUUGCAAAUUGAUUUUAUCCUUAAAAUAUAGCGGAGAAAAAAAAUCUCCAAAAUAGCAACAUGUACAAUAUUAUUUAAGACAAAUCCUUCAGUACUACAGAUUGGGAAAAAGUAAAUCAAUGUGCACAGAGAAAUACAGCAUAGGAAUUGUUUUAUCUACGUUAUGUAUAUAAUAUAAAUAUCAACUCAUGAAUACAAUAUUAUCCAUUCAUAUCUGUGUCCCAUGUACCACUAACAUUCAUACAAAUGUCGACUGUACAACCAAGAAUUCAUACUUCGUGACUUUAUCAUUAUCAUCAACUGAAGGCCAGCUCUAUCUUGUUAAGCUGUUUAGAAUUGGUUUUACAUUUUCUGUUCGUUUGGGGAAAGUUUAAAUGUAAUGUGACUAUUAUGAUAAAUAGCUUUCAAAAUUCAUUUAAAGUCUUUAAAUACAAUAUCAAAUUUAUCUUGUGGUUUAAAUGACCAAUCAUCCUAUCUAAAACAAAGGAAAACAUUUCUGACUUUUCUAAUUACGGGUAUAUUUAUAUCAUUUUUAAUUCCAAUCAUGAAUGUCUAGGAUGGCAGUUUCUCAUUAUGUAUUACCAUAUUCAUCCUUAAACGCCCCCUCCUCUAGUGAUAAAGUUCUGUAACAUAUUUAUCCCCAAACGCCCCCUCCUCUAGUGAUAAAGUUCUGUAACAUAUUUAUCCUUAAACGCCCCCUCCCCUAGUGAUAAAGUUCUGUAACAUAUUUAUCCCCAAACGCCCCCUCCCCUAGUGAUAAAGUUC